AUGGCUCCGGGAAAGCCUCGGAUCCAGUUUCGUGUCAUGGAGGGCGCCGAGACCCUGGGCCUCCGUGCGCUGCGAAGGGAAUUCGGCCUCUAUGGAGAGGUGGUAUGUGCGCUGAUCCGAGUGGAUUCAGCAAGGCAGCCGCUUAAUGUGGAGAUCGAAUUCUCCAGCAGCAAAUCGACGCUCAAAGUGAAGAGUUGGACGGGAGAGGGCAGCUACUUGCCACUCUACAAGCCCGAAGGCCUGGUUGAUGCCUUUCGCCGCGACGCUGAUGCAGCCUUCCUUUGUUAUGCCGACAACUUCGACAAGAAGGUGAACAGCUUCAGGGAUUUGGCGCAUUUUGCUCAGUACGUGACGGAUUGGUGCUCGGCGAGUCUGAAGACCUGUUCGCUGUGUUGGUCGCCCACACGUGGGGUGUAUGCGCAAAUGGAAUGCUGUCAGAAGGCUGAUCAAGAACGUGUCAUCAGCAAGUUGAUGACAGAACUUUACGGGGAGAAACGACUUUCGGUCUCUUCCGUGACUGGUGGUGAUUAUCAGGGUCAGACUGAAAAAUCAUAUCGAGUGGAUUGGUCUGUGGUAGCCUCAGAGGUGAGGCAAGUGUUUGAGGAUCGCGGUGAGGACCGCGACUACACGGCUGCCAUUACCGCUUUGGGCAAGAUCCAUGACUGGAAAGAGGACCAGGGGCAUGGACCACCUCCGGCUUGGGGUGAUGAGGCAACAAUCAACAUCCUGUUGGCGGAAGUCAGAUACUUCGACACCACGAUGGCUUUGGAGUCAGCUUUCGACACAGCGGCUCGGGCGUAUGUCCUUGGAACCGGAGAGACGUUGCCAAGAAGGUUUGCAGAUGCAGCUUUGGAGUCAAUGCGCCUUGCGGAGAAGGCAGGCAUCGCUUUGCUGGUUUCUUUGCCUCUGGUGCUUGUGCCAGGGCAAGCCAAACGAUGUUUGCCCCCUGCUGCCUUGAGCUGUGGCUUGUACUUGCUGUUCCAUGGCUCUCGAUCGAAUCACAUUAUGCAGGAUUUGAUCGUUAACUUGGCCAUCCUCGUGGCUGCAGCCGGACGCAAUUUUGAGAACAGCUUGUGUGCAGCCAUGCAAUGGUACUUGGUGGUUUUGUACUUUAUUUCGGCUCUACAUAAGUUAAACUCAGAUUGGUUUGACCCACACGUCUCAUGCGCAUCAAGCGUGACGGGAACCCUGCUGGCCCAGUAUGUGCCAUCCAUGGUGCCAGCAGGAAGCCAACUUAGCCAGGUAGCCCUGGCAUCGGCUCCACAUGCAGCGGCUGUGUUUGAGGUGCUUCUACCCGGUCUGUUGACGGUGGCCCCUCCAGGAAGGUCAGCAGCAUGGCAAGGGGCCUGCAUCCGCUUGGCCGUGGUCCUUGGUGCAAUCUUCCACUUGAUGCUGGCAUUGCCGCUGCCUCCUGCUUCUUUCUAUCCAUUUAGUGCCAGUUGCUUGGCGCUCUACCCCUUGCUGGUGCCAGGUGCUUGCGAGCAGCUGGCGAAGCGGCUGAGCUCCAUCCGCCUCGCCAAGCUUUGCUGGAUUGCUCUGCCAGGCCUCAUGUUGGCCAUUUGUGCUGCAGCUAACCGGUCUGGUGCUUGGUCCUCUUGGUUGAAAGGCAUUUGCUGGUGCUUCGGAGUCACGGCAUUCCUGGUAGUCUUGGCUUUACUCGGCCCAGGGCAGGAGAAGCAAAAGGAACCUGUCAGCCGAGCCACUUCAGUGGCAGUUGCCGCAACUCUGCUACUGGGGCUGGGCCCAUAUUUGGGUACCCGAACCUACCCCGCUUUCGCGAUGUUUUCCAACCUUCGGGUGGAGAGGGCUCCUAACCAUUUGCUUUUGAACGGAGGUUUUGAUGUUUUGGGCCUUCAGAGUGACGUUGUGGAAGUCCUAGACACCAACAGUAGCGACUUGAGGAGUUUCCAAGUCGACCUUUCUCAGCUGUUUACAGCCCAGACGCAGAGCUAUUUCACGGACUCCAAGUUGACCAAGGCCUUGUGGAUUUGUCCCCCACGAUGGUCACAUGAGGUCAAAGAUUUUCAACCAUUCAGUGCACCAGCACUGGGCCUUUGGCAACGCUUGAUCAGUGAAAGUCCAAGCUUCUAUGCUCGCAUUCGUCGAGGUGGAGUUGAAAGCACCAUCUACAGCCGCGCGGAAUUGAAGGGCAGAUGCAGGAAGGACAUUCCUGCAUGGAUGUGUGAAAUCGCCCAUUACGUCCUGGGGCCAUUCCGGGUAUCGGAUCUUUGGCAUGAAGCCCUGGGCAUUCCGGGGCACGGCCUCACCCUGCGCCGACCAAAUGGUCAGGGACGACCUGAGGAAGUGGCAGUGGAGGAAGCUGACGUUUCAUUGGACAUAGAGGUUUGCGAUGGCCAUCAUGGCCAUCAGGUGUUAGUGCCACGUCACCGCAAGUCAUGUGUGCAGGGAAGUGGGGCCCUGCCGGAUGCAGUGGAGAUGUGCUUGUGGUGCCUACAGCCAGGGCAGUCUGCCGAAGUGUGUCAAAACGCAAACUUUGGGAAGUUGGAGACAUUUGAAGGUCCCGAACAUCCUGGUUUUCCUUUGUUUUUUCGUGUUUGGCUACAUUCACGAGCUCAUCCUGGCUCAUCUGGUCCCGAGACAGCCACGCCCAUGGCCUCAUCUUUGCACAAAGCCAAGGUGGCGCUCAAAGAAAAGCGAUUUCUAUUGGCACUCUUGAGGCUUCACAGCUUUUGGCAGACACUCAAGUUCACCACGCCUGAUAACUCCUUGCAGGAGGACUUUUUGAGACAGCUCUUGAUUUGCGAACAUCGUUUGGGCUUACAAACGGCCAGGAGAACUGCGAAUCAGUUGGUACAGCUCCACGACAGUGCGAGAAACCUCAUGCUUCGGGCACGUGUGCGGCUCGCGACGGAAGCUUCCCGAGCAUUGAGGGAUAUCACCAAGGCCAUGGAACUCGAUCCCAGCUGUUGCGAUCCUCAGCUUCUCCAACGAGCGAAGAAGCAUGUGAAGAGACAGAAGCGCACCCGCCGGUGGUUUGAUGGCCGAGAUGUCGAGGAACGGAGCUUGGAGGCCCAUGACCCACAUCGGUGUUUCCAGUGCCAUCGGGUGCGCGACGGGCACACCGGAGAGAUGGGUACGAAGAUGGAAAGGAAGUAUUUGUGCAAGGACUGCUGGCAAUGUUGGUGGAAGAUCCGCCGAUGUCAAGAGGCUGAGCUGAAGAGGCAGGUGGAGAAGGCCACUUACUCUGAUUACAGCACCGCCACGGAUGAACUGCCGUCACUCGAUGACAAGCCACGUGACUGGGACAGUCGCCACCCAAUGUGGAACCGGCAGAGUGCAGAGCGGCCCGAUUGGCAACAUGGAGCAUAUCAGCGUCGAGGACCCCCCGCGAAUUCACCUCUUAAGGGUUCACGCUUUUGGAAACAAUGUCGCAGUCAGAAAACGGGCCCAAUGAGCUGUAUUGAUUUGUGCAACUUGUACGUGUAA